AUGUCCAUCCUGGUGCGGCCGCCCAAGCGCAAAUUGGACGCCGAAGCCGACGAGGGGUCUCGGAAGCAUAGCUCCGCGUCAUUGCGCGAUCUGCACUCCAACCGCGCAUCACCGGUCCUUUACGACAACGGACCUUUACACACUUCACGCAAGUUCAGUCCCAAGGCCUCCGUUGUCCUCAUCGGAAUUCGAGGGACUGGAAAAUCUAGUUUGGCAGUGAUUCUGGCCGCGACAUCGGGCCGGCGUCUCAUCGAUGCUGAUCGGCACUUCCAUCAAAUGACCGGCUGUUCGCGUGCCGCUUUCAAGAAGGACAAUGACCAUGCGGUGUACCGACAACAGGAGGCGCGAAUCUUCGAGUCCAUGCUUUCUGACCACCAGGAAGAAUGUGUGAUUGCGUGCGGCGCUGGGUCCAUGGAGCGCAGUGGCCAGCAACUACUCCGGGAAUUCGCGCAGACACAUCCUGUUAUCCACAUCACCCGAGAUCCCGAGAGCAUUCAAUCAUACCUCAAAGCUUGGGAUACGCAAAAAGUGCGCCACUUUCUAGAGCUAUCCGGACCCAUCUAUCGAAGUUGUUCGAACCUGGAAUUCUUUAACCUCUCCGAGGCCGCCAACCGCGAAUCCAUUCACAAGGAUAGCCAUGAGCCGUCGCCCGGGCCCAAGGACCAGAGAGCUCAAACCCCCACACCUUUCCUGACACUGAAGCGAGUCCAGCGGGAUUUCCUGAAGUUCAUUGCUUUUGUGAUCGGCGAUAGUAUCGAACUGAGCCGUCAACAUGCUUCAUUUCCAUUAUCGUUCCUGCCGGUGGAAACUAGACGGUAUACGUCGGCGGUAUCGGUCCCAUUCUCUGUGCUUUGCGAAAGAGAACUUGAUAUCGAGGAGCUAGAGUUUACUGUCGAUGCAUUCGAAUUGAGGAUUGAUGUGGCCAGCCCUCCAGAUAUGGAGGCUGACUCCAACCUGGUCGAUCGCAUCAGCGAGGUCGUGUCCAUUCUUCGGCGCAACAUCAUUGUGCCUUUGAUGUACCAUGUCGAAAGUUACAUCAUACCUCGAGGGUCUCGCUCGCCCGUUCCGGCCUCGCGGACUCCUGACGAAUCCUACUUGAACCUGGUCCGACACGGAUUGCGAUUUGCCCCCAGUUUCCUCACCGUGGACCUGUCCCGUGAUGAUAGUGUAUUAUCUCAAGUUGUCAGUGCCAGAGGUACAACCAAGAUUAUUGGCCACUUUGAAGCAUUCCAUCCCCUCCCUGGCGGCUGGGACGGAGACGAGUACAUGAAGCUAUACGAGCGUGCAAAGAGGCUCGGAUGUAAUGUGGUGCGAUUCUGCCAGCCUGCAGAGACAUUGGAGGAUAAUAUGGCGGUGCAACGGUUCCGACACCGCAUCGAAAGUCUUCCAGCUCCUCAAUUGCCUCUGAUCGCUUACAACACCGGGCCUCUCGGACGUAUGUCGCGCUGCCUCAACCCUAUCUUGACUCCUGUCACACAUCCUUCCCUCAUCACCGAAAGCUCAACUCAAUUAGUCCCAUCCAUCACCGCCCGCGAUGCCCAACAAGCCCUUUACAGCACUUUUGCUUUGGACCCGAUGCAGUUCUUUGUAUUCGGUGCCAAUGUCACGCACAGCAUGUCUCCUGCCAUGCACAACACUGCUUUCAAGCUAUGCGGAAUGCCCCACCAUUACUCCAUCUACGAAUCACCUACUCUCCGUGGCCUUAAUGACCUCGUCGAAAACCAGUUCUUCGGCGGGUCCAGUGUCAGUCUUCCCUACAAGACCGAAGUCAUCCCUCUCCUCCACUCCAUGUCUCCUCACGCCCGGGCGAUUGGCGCUGUCAACACUCUAAUUCCCAUCCGGAACAACGAGGACUCCGAUGAUCCCCGUCUCUCCCAACAAUCAUCUGUCUUCCUCCAGAAGAGCCGGGCCGGGCCGAUCAAGGGCAUCCACGGCGACAACACUGAUUGGAUUGGAAUCUGCAAUUGUAUUCGCCGGGGUCUGUCGCCCGCAAAUGCAGUCCGCCCUUCAACCACCGGCCUCGUCAUCGGGUCUGGUGGUAUGGCUCGUGCCGCCGUCUACUCGAUGAUUCACCUGGGCGUGCAAAACGUCUUCGUCUACAAUCGAACUCUGGCAAAUGCCGAAAAGCUGGCCCACCAUUACAACCGGCAAGACUUCUUCGCCAGCGAACGAAUAGGCGCCGAUGGGCGCCCGAAAGUCAGCACACUGAGCUCACUUGACGAGCCAUGGCCGGCGGAGUACAAGCAACCGACCAUCAUAGUAUCGGGUAUUCCAGCUCACGGUAUUGGCGGUGCCCCAGCGCCCAAUUUCCACAUGCCUACACAGUGGCUGGAAAGCCCGACUGGAGGCGUAGUUGUCGAUCUUGAAUACAAACCUCUCAACACACCCCUCAUGAAACAAAUUCGUGCCCUAUCCCACCGGGGCUGGGUCGCUCUCGACGGCCUGGACGUUCUACCCGAGCAAGGAUUUGCUCAGUUCGAGCUCUUCACAGGCCGCCGCGCCCCACGUCGCCUCAUGAGGAAGAUCGUCCUCCAGGAAUACGAGGAUGAUGAGGGACACGACGGCAGUGGCAUUCGCGACAGAUUGCAGAAUCUGGACGGUCAGCCUACUUGA